UUGCCAUGGCAACAAAUAAAUAGUUGAUUUCUGCUUCGCAUUUCGUAAGUUUUUACAAGUUAUUUUUGGAGAAGCAUGAGUGAGGAACAUUCAUCACAAAAACAGCCAGGAUUCUGCUCUGCGACGUGCAGUGAUAGAGCGAGUUUACGGAAGGAGAUCGGGAAGCAAGAAGUGAAGACCUCGGACGUAUUUUUGACCUGCAAUUUGCCUAAGAGAUUUGAACAUCCACAUUGGUUCAAUGGUUAUGGAUGUCAAUUGAGUAAGCAACAUCCAUUUUACAGAACUUCGGCAAGUGAAUACGGCUGGUUUCCGCCAGGUUACCAUUCUGUCCCUUCGGUAUUUUUCCCCGCUGGUCAAACGUUCACAAAUCGUUUAUCCGCAGCUGGCAUGUACAGAAAUUACAGCCUAAAUACUGGCAUGGACCCUGCUGGAUAUCGUUAAUUUUAGAUUUACUGCAACAGCUAAUAUAUGAUUUAUUAUUCCUCGUGAUUGUUAUAUUAUAUGUUUAGAAAAUAUUUCAUUUUAGAAGUGUUGAUGUUUAGAGCAAAACUUUUUACGAAUACUUUGUUUGGAAUUUCGUUUUUAAAUUUUGUAAUUUGAAUUUAGAAUAAUCGUGAAUGUAAUUUCUUUGUUUGAUGAGUUUGUAUAGGCAAAUGAAACAACAAAUAAAUUAGUUACCAAAAGA